GGAGAGGAGAAGAGGAAGAGAGGAGGAGAGGAGGAGCAGGAUGAGGAGGAGCAGGAGGAGGAGCAGAAGAGGAGGAGGGAUGGCAGCCUAAAGAAGAAGAAAGCAUCUGAUGUCUUUGCCCUCGUCUCUCUUCUGUCCCCCUAAAGACAGACGCCAACCCUCAUCAUCAACCCCCCACACUCUCUCUCUGUGAGCCUCCCAACUCACCUGGACCUGGACCUGGACCUGGACCUGGACCUGGACCUGGACCUGGACCUGUCCUGCUCUUCUGUCUGUCGGAGCUGUUCGUCACACAUUUUAAUGUUUUCAUGAGCAUCGUCUUUGGCUCCAGUGGAUGUUUCCCUCUGCAGAGACACCCGUCCCGUUAGAUCUGCCCCUCUUCCCCCCCCGCCCCCCAGCAUGUGAUCCUCCGUGUCACGCUGUUUGUGUCGCCGUGGUGACGGGUUUGCUUUAGAUGAUGUUUGACUGCAUGACGUUGCUGAUUUGGGUGUUUUGGUGCAUUUUUGUUCCUUUCGUUCUCUUUGGAGCUCCGGUAGAACCGAUCGCCUCGUUUCCUGCGCUUUAAGUGCAUAAACUGUUUGUUUGUGUUGACAUGAUGAGAUAUGGAUGGAGACAGGAUUUAACUUUUAGAGGGAAGAUCAGCUGUUAAAUAUAUAGACAAAGCUCUUCUGUGUAUCAAAGACCGAAAAACUACAUCAGAAUGAAGAAAAAUGUCGUAAAUCAGAUCGCACGUUUAGAUUAUUCUCGACUUUUUUAAACGCUGAUUUCUUUUGCUUUGCACUUGACAAGAGAACAAAGAGGAUUCUAGAAAACACGAGACGAAAAUCAAUAAAGCUUUAAAGGAAAUCAAGUUUAUUUAUGACGUUUCAGCACCUGCUGAUAUGCAGCUGAACAUGUGAUUUAAUCAAAAAUAAAAACAGACACUUUAUCUCUUUGCACUUUAAAACAAACCUGAUCAGAAGUCACCAGGAUGUUAUUGAUAUGUGUUUGGUUGCCAUUAGUAACAGUGACCCCCCCCCUACCUGCCCAGUUUAUCCCUGUCACAGCUUUAAUGGGAUUACUUUAGUCCACAGAGCCUGUGGACUUAUUCUCUGUUUACAUCUGUCCAGCUGGAGCGGCUCUGCUUCACCGUCUAUCAAGUUAUUUAUUGAUUGACAGCGAUGACGACGGAUUCCAAGUCUUAUCAAUAUUAAUCAUGUGACCAGAUGUAAUCAGUGUGUGAACCAAUAAAAACGCAGAGAGUCCUUCAUCUUGUGUGUGUGUGUGUGUGAACCUGAGGUCAGAGGUCAACCUGAGGCAGCGGGCACAGCUCGUGGAUCAAUCAAUCAAUCAAUCAAUCAAUCAGAGGGUGUUGAUCACAAAGCUGUUGUUUUAUUUAUUCAGUAGUAGUAGUUUCUUUCUGUCCUUCUCUCUUCUCUUGUCUCCCGACCCUUCAGGUUUUUAUGGCGACCCCUUUGAGGGCCCGACCCCGAUGUUUGGAACCACUGGACUAAACUACCCGCGUAUAAAGUAUUUAGAGUAAGAUGUCUUCUGUAGUAUUGACGGUGCGUAGAACCAGAGGAAGUACUACUGGCGCAGUACUUUUACCCACAAUGCCUCAGUACCUUCGUCUCCUGUGGUGUCGCGUUCACUUGCUCUUUAGAUAAUCAGUGACUCGGGACAAAGGUCGAGUUUACUGCUGCUCCCUCCGGUAUGUGUGUACUUGGUGUACAAGUACAUGUUGGCUGUGGAUCAGAAAGAAUACAUGAACCGUGUACUUAAGGAUGUACUUAAGUUGACUGGGGUCGACGUGGCGGUUUUGUCUUCAGGUGUAUUUUGCCGAUGGUACUUAAAUACAGACUGUUUCUUGUGAGAGUAAUUCAGCUGUUUUAUUACUUUGAAUAUUUGAUGAAUACUUGAUUAAACCAUGUUUAAUCUUGAAACACAAUAUAAAUAUAAGGGUAUGAAAUCAUUUUAUUUAUCUCGUCUUACACCAAAAUGUGUCAUAGUCUCUCGAUUCAUUGUUGAAAACAUUUCACUCUUAAAUAAAGUGCUACUUAAUGUUUAAUGUUUCAACCCAUUUGACGCGACUGGAGUGAUUUUCUGCUGACGUCGACGGCCAUCGUGACGUAGAUCAGCAGCGGAGUGACGUAGAUCAGCACCGGAGUGACCAAAGUUCCGGCGCGCGCGCCUCACCUUGUCGGUCCCGCAGCAGAGAGUGAAGCUCCCGCACGCGGGAGAGAGUGCCGCUCGUUUACCACACCGGGAGGCAGCAGCAGCAGCAGCGGCGGCGGCGGGGGGGGCGGGGUGAAGCAGAGAAAGCUCAACAGGGUCCGACGGACGCCGUCGUAGGCGAAGGAGCCGAAGAGCAGUGGACCCCAAAGCAGGAGGAGUGCGGAGCCGCGUGGAGGUCGGGGUCAGGGGGGGUUGUGAGGAGCUGAGGCUGAACCGCGGCCAUGCUCCGCUUAAGGACUACAGUCGCAAGGCUUCGGCCUUUGGCGGCCUCGCGGGCGACCCCGAGCCGCUCGCGGCCCGGAGGGGCGGCCGCCAGGACGUUGAAGACGUCCGCCGAGCCCUUCCUCAACGGCGCCAGCUCCAACUACGUGGACGAGAUGUACUACGCCUGGCUGGAGAACCCCGGCAACGUGCAUAAGUCGUGGGACGCGUUCUUCCGUAACGCCCACCAGAGGCCGCCCCCCCCCGGUGGGCCCCCCGUGGGGCGAGUGGUGGGUUCUGGGCCCAGUGUGGAGAAGCUGGUGGAGGACCACCUCGCGGUGCAGUCGCUUAUACGAGCGUACCAGGUACGAGGACAUCACGUGGCCAAGCUGGACCCGCUGGAGAUCAGCUGCGUGGACUUGGACGACGCCCCCUGUGCCGUCGGCUUCCAGAACGUGGGUCUGUACGGCCUGGCCGAGGAGGACCUGGACAAAGCCUUCCGUCUCCCCACCACCACCUUCAUCGGGGGCGGCGAAGGCUCUUUGCCUCUCAGGGAGAUCAUACGGCGCCUGGAGACGGCCUACUGCCAGCACGUCGGGGUGGAGUUCAUGUUCAUUAACGACGUGGAGCAGUGCCGGUGGAUCCGGAGCAAGUUCGAGACACCGGGAGUCAUGCGGUUCAGUCUGGAGGAGAAGAGGACCCUUUUGGCCAGGAUGGUCCGGGCCACGAGGUUUGAGGAGUUCCUCCAGAGGAAGUGGUCCUCGGAGAAGCGGUUCGGCCUGGAGGGCUGCGAGGCGCUGAUCCCGGCCCUGAAGACCCUCAUCGACGUGUCGAGCCAGAGCGGCGUGGAGAGCGUUGUCAUGGGGAUGUCUCACAGAGGGAGGCUAAACGUUCUGGCGAACGUCAUCCGGAAGGAGCUCGACCAAAUCUUCUGCCAGUUCGACUCUAAACUGGAAGCAGCCGACGAGGGUUCCGGUGACGUGAAGUAUCACCUGGGUAUGUAUCACAAGAGGAUGAACCGGGUCAGCGACCGGGAGGUCACCAUGUCGCUCGUGGCCAACCCCUCCCACCUGGAGGCCGUGGACCCGGUGGUGCAGGGAAAGACCAAAGCCGAGCAGUUCUACUGCGGCGACGCCGAGGGCAAACGGGUGAUGUCCAUCCUGAUUCACGGCGACGCGGCGUUCGCGGGCCAGGGCCUCGUGUACGAGACGUUCCACCUGUCCGACCUGCCGUCCUACACCACCCACGGCACCGUCCACGUGGUGGUGAACAACCAGAUCGGCUUCACCACGGAUCCCCGGAUGGCUCGCUCCUCUGCGUACCCCACGGACGUGGCCCGCGUCGUCAACGCUCCCAUCUUCCACGUCAACGCCGACCACCCCGAGGCCGUGAUGUACGUGUGCAAAGUGGCGGCCGAGUGGAGGAGCACCUUCCACAAAGACGUGGUCGUAGACCUGGUGUCCUACCGACGCAACGGCCACAACGAGAUGGACGAGCCCAUGUUCACGCAGCCGCUGAUGUACAAGCGCAUCCACCGGCAGAAAGGAGUCCUGCAGAAGUUCGCCGAAAAACUCAUCGGAGAGGGCGUGGUCACGUUGCAGGAAUACGAGGAGGAAGUGGCGAGGUACGACCGAAUCUGCGAGGAGGCCUACGCCCGCUCCAAAGACGAGAAGAUCCUCCACAUCAAGCACUGGCUGGACUCCCCGUGGCCCGGUUUCUUCACUCUGGAGGGGCAGUCUAAGAGCAUGACCUGCCCCCCCACCGGCAUCAGCGAGGAGGAGCUGGUCCACAUCGGGAGCAUCGCCGCCUCAGUCCCUGCGGAGGACUUCACCAUCCACGGAGGUUUGAGUCGAGUCCUCAGAGGCCGAGCGAACAUGGUGGACCAGCGAGUGUGCGACUGGGCUCUCGGGGAAUACAUGGCCUUCGGCUCUCUGCUCACAGAGGGGACCCACGUUCGCCUCAGCGGACAGGACGUGGAGAGGGGAACGUUCAGCCACCGACAUCACGUUCUUCACGACCAGAACGUGGAUAAGAGGGUCUGCAUCCCGAUGAACCACGUCUCCCCGGAUCAGGCUCCGUACACCGUCUGCAACAGCUCUCUGUCGGAGUACGGCGUUCUGGGUUUUGAGCUGGGCUUCGCCAUGGCCAGUCCCAACGCGCUGGUGCUGUGGGAGGCCCAGUUCGGAGACUUCCACAACACGGCCCAGUGCGUCAUCGACCAGUUCAUCAGCUGCGGUCAGGCCAAGUGGGUCCGGCAGAACGGCAUCGUGCUGCUGCUGCCUCACGGCCUGGAGGGCAUGGGUCCGGAGCACUCGUCGGCCCGCCCCGAGAGGUUCCUGCAGAUGUGCAAUGACGAUCCUGAUGUUUUCCCUACGCUGUCGGCCGACUUGGCGGUGCAGCAGCUCCACGACUGCAACUGGAUUGUGGUGAACUGCUCGAGUCCCGCCAACUACUUCCACGUCCUCCGCAGGCAGAUCCUGCUGCCCUUCAGGAAGCCCCUGAUAGUGUUCACUCCCAAGUCGCUGCUGCGCCUCCCGGAGGCCAAGUCCAGCUUCGACGACAUGCUCCCAGACACACACUUCAAGCGUUUGAUCCCGGACGGCGCCGCCGACCCGGCAAAGGUGAAGAGAGUCGUCUUCUGCUCUGGAAAGAUCUACUACGAGCUGAUCCGAGAGCGCGGGAACCGAGGGCUGCAGGAGGAGGUGGCCGUGGUCCGGGUCGAGCAGCUCUCCCCCUUCCCCUUCGAUCUGGUGAAAGCGGAGACGGAUCGCUACGCGGCGGCCGACCUGGUCUGGUGCCAGGAGGAGCACAAGAACCAGGGUUACUAUGACUACGUCAAGCCCCGCCUCCGCACCACCGUGGGCCACGCGCGGCCCGUCUGGUACGCGGGUCGUGACCCGGCGGCGGCGCCGUCUACCGGGAACAAAGCGACUCACUUGGCGGAGCUGCAGCGGCUGAUGGACGCGGCGUUCUCAGGGAAAGUCUAGUGGGGGUUUUAUUAUCGCUUUCUAUUUUUUACACAUCAGACCUCGUUACCGUGACGACCUCGUGUUCGCAGCUACGGCCUCUGUUGUCGAGUUCAGUGCUUUUAUUUUGAAAUGAAUUGUAAUAUUUAUGAUAAUAAUAACGCACGUGCAUCUGUCAGAUACCGUAAUCAAUCCGCUGCUGAACAAAGGUUUGAACCAUUUAUUGAUUUCCUAGAAAUGUGUCAUUUACCAGCUCACUAAUAUUCCACUUGUAUUCAGAAUUUGACAAUAUUCUGAAUGUGACGCGUCAUAAUGUGUCAGGUUAGCCGCACGCUAAGGCAACCAGCGGCUACUCCUCUUUAAAUGGGAUUGAUUGACAGCCAUAUCGGGGGUUAUUUGAGAUGAUUGUCGGGAUAUUUAAGAAUGUUUUUGCGUGAUUCCUCCACAAAUUGAAACAUUAAUUAAAUCUUUAAUUCAGAGAGUAAAAAAAACACACAACAUCGUAUCCAGUCAUCUUCAUCAGAAGUGCCGAUUCCUUGAUCUCGAUUCCUUGAUCUCGAUUCCUUGAUCUCGAUUCCUUGACGACGUCACGCCAAGAACGAAGAACGAACUUCAGCAAAAAAGUUGUAUUGUAUUUAUUUUCGUGAAGUGUUUUGGAUGAAUAAAGAUUGUAGUUCCUGGUGAA